CUUUACUGUUUUUUAUUAUUCAAUUUCCCAUCAUGAUCCCUUGUGUUCUAUUUUUGGCAUUUUCACUCCCUGUAGCAAUUAUUUCCUACUUCUACUCUUCCUCUUCUUCUGUCGCUCAAUAUCCCACCACUAUUGAACCCGUUACUCCUCGCAUCACUGACCUCGUAGUGUAUGUAUCACCCGAUGAAAUCCUCUUUCCUCGUCCUCCUCUCCCUCCUCCUGUCCUCGUCAAUUAUACUGACUACAAAUCACCUACAGAAAUCCUUCUUCCUCCUUCUCUUCCUCCUUUUGCUGAUGAUGACCGUGGCAACCCUUUCUGGAUUCUCCCAGUGGUGGCUUGCUCCUUCUUUAUCCCCGUCAUCAGUAUUUUGUCUGCCCUCUCCGAUUCUUCCCCUUCUCUCCCUUCCUCCAAUGCUGUGGUUGUGGUUUCCUCCUGUUCCUCUCCUUCUCUCCUUCCCUCUACCGACGUGGAUGUGGCUGCUUCUACCCUUCCUUCUUUCGGCCCUACUUCUCCUGUUUUGGUCCCUUUGGUGAUGGAGCCCUCUC